AUGACCCAACACCGCCAAGCCCAAGCCCAGGCCCAACCCCACCGCCGCUCCACCUGUCACCGUCACCCCACCACACCCAUCACCGGAUUCUGCGCCCCUUGCCUCAGCGAACGCCUCGCCGGCCUCGACUCCUCCUCCCCUUCCGCCGCCGUUGCUCCCCAGAACGCGCAUUCCGGGUCUUCGGAGCUCCGGCGCAGCAAAUCGUGCUGCGGGACCCGACCCGAGUCGUCGGCCUACCCGCCGGAGCCUCCUCGGCGCAAGUCGUGCGACGUCAGGAACCGGAACACUCUCUCGGAGCUCUUCAACAUCGAUGACCACCGGAAGGGCCUGCCCAGAAGGUUCGAGAUCGAUUCCAGCGGCCAAGGUUUCGAAUUGAAAGAAGAGCCGGAGGAGGAGCACAAUGGGGAUGAAACCAGGGCUUCGGACGCGGAGUUCAAGACGAUGAAGGAGCUGAUAGAUCUCGAGUUGCAGAGGAAGAAGGGCAACGGUCGAGAUUUGAGAGAAAUCGCAGGGACAUUUUGGGAAACUGCCUCGAACAAAGUGAGGCAAUGGCGCCGGAAGCAGAAGCCCAAGAAGCUCGAAAGCGAGGGUUUGGGGUCGGAGAAGCGAAGCGCGAGGCGUGGGUUGAGGGAGACCCAAUCGGAGGUGGGAGAGUACGCAUUGGGCCGGAGAUCGUGCGAUACGGAUCUGGAUCCGGGUCGGAUGUCGUUGGAUGAGCCUCGGGCUUCGUGGGACGGGUACAUGAGCUCGAGAGCGUACCCAAGGAUGACUCCGAUGGUUUCGGUGGUGGAGGAUGUGAAAAUGAGUGAGGAGGAGGGUUUGGAGAACUUGGAGAGGAGUCCCGGGGGGUCGGCUCAGACUAAAGACUACUACUUUUCGCAGACGAGGCGGCGCCGGAGCUUUGAGAGGUCGAGUGCUUGUGCUCAUAGUAGCAAAGGGGUAAUGCCGGCGCAGGUGGAUGAGUUGAAGCUGGUGUCGAAUGGCGCUACGGAGUUGUUCUAUGGGGCGAAGCUGCUGAUUACGGAGAAGGAAUUGAUGGAGUCGAGUUCUUCGAAUUCAAAGUCUGUGGAAGAGGAUGGUGUGGUGGGGGUGGUGGUGUUGGCAGCAUUGAAGAAGCCGCAGAAAUGGCACAAGAGGUGGAAGUUCUGGGGUUUGAUGCAGAGGAAAAGCCAGGCGAAACAUGGUGGUGGUGCUCAAGAAGAGUCUUGGAAAAAGCUGAGGAGGGUUGCUAAUGGAGAAGCCAAUAAUGCCUCUGUGAGCCAGAAGCUGAUUCGAAGCUACAGUGUCAGCUGCAGAAACUCCUGCAAAAUGGUGGGUUUGUUUAGUAAUGUGAGCACUGUAGAGAGCAAAGGCAAUGGCUUGAAGACGUUGCAUAGGAACCGGAGCGCACGUUACUCACCGAGUAAUCUUGAUCACGGCCUCUUGAGGUUUUACUUGACGCCGUUGAGGAGUUAUAGGAGGAGCGAAUCGUGGAAGAGUAGGCUGCCAAACAACAACUCCCCGCAGACUUUGGCCAAGAAUGUGUUGUAA